AUGAUGCAGAUGAUCGUCAAGCGCUCGGUCUCCACCGCCAGGGUCAACGCUUGCCGGACCUUGUCCAAUGCCGCUGCUACCGCUGGAUCCGGCAAAGAUCGUCUUGUGCUCUUUGACACGACGCUACGUGACGGCGAGCAGUCGCCCGGCGCCACCCUCAACCUUAAGGAGAAGCUUGAAAUUGCGCGCAACCUUAGUGUCUUGGGCGUGGAUGUGUGCGAAGCGGGCUUUCCUGUCUCGUCGCCUGGUGACUUUGAAGCCGUGUCGACCAUCGCUAAGGAGAUUGGUCCGCUCACGGCGAACCGUGCCACGGGCGAGCCCAUGGUUAUCUGCGGCCUUGCGCGUGCCAUGGAGAAAGACGUCCAGCGCUGUUAUGAUGCCGUCAAACACGCGCCCAAGCACCGCAUUCACACGUUCCUGGCCACGUCUGACAUCCACCUCAAGUACAAACUGAAGAUCUCGCGUGACGAGUGCAUCCGUCGCGCUGUGGACGCCGUCAAGUUUGCCAAGAGCUUGACCUCAGACGUCCAGUUCUCAACGGAGGACGCUGGACGCAGCGACCCCGACUUUCUGUGCGAGGUACUAGCGGAGGUCAUUAAGGCCGGUGCUACGACCCUCAACAUCCCCGACACGGUGGGAUACACAGUUCCUGGAGAGUACGGAUCUCUCUUUCGCUACUUGAUUGAUAACACGGAGGGAAGCGACAAGGCUGUCUUCUCUACGCACUGUCACAAUGACUUGGGUCUGGCGACGGCCAAUACACUGGCUGCUGUGCAAGGUGGAGCACGUCAGGCGGAGGUCACGAUAAAUGGUAUUGGCGAGCGUGCUGGUAAUACGGCUUUGGAGGAGCUCGUGAUGGCUCUGAAGACGCGCCCGCAGCAUUUUCCGGUGUACACAAGUGCCGACUCGACCCAGAUCACGCGUUGCAGCCGCAUGGUGAGUCACUACACUGGCAUGUCUAUUCAGCCUAACAAGGCUAUUGUAGGAGCCAACGCCUUUGCUCACGAGUCUGGCAUUCACCAAGAUGGUGUGUUGAAGCACCAGGCUACCUAUGAGAUCAUGCUACCGGAGUCUGUUGGUCUGAGCGAGAACAAGAUGGUGCUUGGAAAGCACUCGGGUCGCCAUGCAUAUAGCAAGCGUCUCCAGCAGCUUGGCUAUACCAGUCUUACGCCAGAGGAGCUUGACUAUUACGUGGAGAAGUUCAAAAUUCUGGCUGACGAGAAGAAGACGGUUACGGACGCCGACAUGGAAGCGAUUGUCUCGGAUGAGCUGUUCAAGCCCGAAGCCUUUUGGACGCUGCAGUCCGUACACGUUACGGCUGGUAAUCUGGUCAAGCCCACGGCUACUGUCACGCUUGCGUACAAGGACGGCCAGGAAGUGAGCGAGGCUGCUAUGGGAUCCGGUCCGAUUGACGCUAUCUACGUUGCCAUUAAGCGCGCUACGGGCAUGGAUCGGAUUAAGCUGAACGACUUUUCUGUGGACAGUGUGACCGAUGGCACGUACGCUUUGGGUGAGGUGACUGUCCGGGUGCAGGAGGAAAAGGAGGAGGAAGAGAAGACAGAGGAUGAAAAGCACGUGAAUGCGCAGACGGGUGUGACGCGUGACCGCCAGUUUGUUGGUCACGGUGCGAACACGGAUAUCCUGGUGGCAUCGGCAACGGCCUACGUCAACGCAGUAAACCGCAUGAUGGCCUCGCAGGCACGGGCUGUUGCUGAUGCUCGGGUGGACGCCUAA